AGCUGCUCUUGCCUCUUGGCCCGAUCAUUUCAUUUCCCCACCUCUCUAAAACCCUCGCUCUUGCCCGCUGUUUUACACCUAAAAGAAAGGUCCUCGCCGUCGAGCCGCCGGCUCCCAUCUCCCGCGCCGUCGCCGACGAGGACACACCAGACGCCUCGCUGAUGGCCUUGGCUCGCCUCGGACGGUCUCUUGCCGGCCGCCUCCACCGUUCUAUCUACCGUCCACCGGCGCCCACAGACUACCAUGCCUCCGUUUCCCGACCCUUCGCUCCGACCCACACAGGCGUAUGCGUACGAGGUUUUGCAAGCUUGACGUACAAUGCCAGCAGCAUGAUUGGCCACAAUCUCGAGGGGCCGUUGCCAGUCCACAUUGUGAAGGUUCUGGAUCUCGUAGUACAUAUGAAUCAUGCUAGACCGAUGUCAACAGCAGCAGCAUCAAAGGUGCCUGUUGGAGCCCGGAAGGUUGGUCUGAAGGUUGCCAUGAUGAGUCCUGGUUUCGUAUAUGAGCCGUACAGCCCACGGGAACGCAUUCCCUUCUGGAAAAGAUGGUUUACACUAAGUGGCUGGAGAAGGACAAAGGAGGACAUCAUUUUGGAGAUGAAGAACGCAUAUGCUGUUUCAAGGCUGAGGAAGAAAACUGGGUAUACCAAAAAUCAAUUCUACGAUCAAGCAUUAAAAAUAUACAAGGAGGUUAACACUUUGAUGGCACAUGGAGACACAUCAUCGCUUCGGAAAAUUCUGACAGAGAGGAUGCAUUCUACUAUAAAAAAUGAACUAAAGAGAAGACAGUCCAUGUGGAAUUCUGUACACUGGGAACUGGUGGAGCCUGCUGUUAGUAUCAGAACUUUGAGGGCUCGCAUGAUUGGCCUCGAUAAGAAUGACCUGGAUAAAGCUUUUAUACAGCUUACACUUGAGUUUGUUACCAAACAGAAAUUUGAAGCCUAUAAUUCAAAGGGUGCAGUUGUGUCUGGAGACAAGUCGAAGGAGGUACUUGUGAAAGACAUUUGGGUGUUUGAGAGGUCCCUUUUUCACCCCGGAGCAUAUUGGCGUGUAUGCGGAAGAAUUACACUGUAACCAUAUCUGUUUUGGUGUCCACGUUCAAUUUCUCACCCUGGAGCUGAACAAGAGCUAGUUCAAUAAAAUUUUGCCCUGAACUCCUUUUUUUUUCAUCCGGUUCUAACUGAUGCCUAACAGGGUCUAUGCAGUGAUGUAGUAUUUAUGCCUUUCUUCUUUGUGUUUUUUAUUAGCAGAAAAUACAGGUUUUCUAUUUAUGCUUUUGUUAGAGAACUAGCUCUUGGAGAGGGGGCAUAUUGACCCCAUUUGGAAGGGUUUGCAUCUCAGCAGCAGCAGGUAUCAGAAUUGAGAAUACUGCCUAAUGUGCUCGACAAGUAAAAGCUGGAUCUCUUUUGUCUA